GACGUCAUAUUUACCUUAACCAAUCAAAACAAUAUGGUACUUCGAAUUUAUUUAGAACAUAUAAAAGGUGGUCAAAGAUAUGCAAAAUAUGAUGAGUUCUUGGUGCGAAGUGAAAGGGAACUGUAUAAAAUGAGUUAUAAAACGUACAAGGGUGACGCAGGAGACUCGCUUUCAACCCACAAUAACAUGAUGUUUUCCACCAGGGACAGAGAUAAUGAUAAAGCGAAAGAGAACUGUGCCACGACUUACAAAGGUGGCUGGUGGUAUAAUAAUUGUCAUCACUCUAAUUUAAACGGUUUGUAUCUUGGGGGACCACAUGACGAAUCCGCCAUUGGUAUUAAUUGGUAUGAUUGGAAAGGACAUAAAUAUUCUCUGAAGAAAACUGAGAUGAAAAUACGACCAGUUGGAUUUGUUGCAACGGAAGAACCACAAAAAUGAAACAUAUUAUUUAGUAGUGUAAUUAUGUUCAUUAUAUCUUUAUAGUUAUCAAUAUCAGACAGUAGCAGAAAUCUUUAAAGAAAAGUUUAUCGUAAAUCUAAUAACAAUUAUGAUGUUUUGAA